AUGGCGGACCGAACCGAAUCCAAGACUGCUUCUGCGACGCUAGAAGUGGUCAACCAAGACCUCAGGGGAAAGGUAGCGCUUGUGACCGGAGCAACUCGCGGUAUCGGUCGAGCUGUCUCACUCAACCUCGCCAGAAGGGGAGCUUCUAUCCUUGGCACAUGCUCUUCUCCAAGCUCUAUGCAUCAAAUCGAAUCCCUGAACCAAAGCGUCAAAGACAUCUACAGCUCCAGUGUUUAUGAGGCACCCAAAGUUGUUGGUUUGGCGGCCAACACUCUUUCUCCCGACUUUCACGAUAUUAUCGCCGACAAAGUUUUGAGUGAUUUCGACGGAAAGCUGAACAUCAUCGUCAAUAACGCGGCUUACUGUGACUUCCGCUCAAUCGGCGAGCUCGACGUUGAAUACGUCCAAAAGAUUCUUCUGGGCAAUGUUCAGUGUCUGAUCAUGUUGAUGGAUACUCUCUUCAAAAGGGGAUACAUCCAGCAAGAUUCGCGCGUCAUCAACAUCUCGAGCGACGCCACUCGGGCUCCUUUGCCGUUCUCCGGCAUGGCAGUUUUUGCGUCUGCCAAGGCAGCCAUGGACAGCCUCACCCGGUCAUGGGCAGACGUCUUCAGUCAAGACGAGAGAAUCAAGGGCACCACAGUGAACUCACUGUCUGUUGGUGGCACUGCGACAGAUGCCUUCAUGGAUUGCAACACGCCGGAGCUCCGAGCUGCUGCUUUGGCGGUUUUGGGAGAAACGAAGCCGCCGCACAAGGGGCUUGGGCGGCCUGAGGAUAUCGCCGGUGUGGUUGGAUUAAUCGCUAGUGACGACGCGUAUUGGAUCAACGGCAGUGUCGUGGGUGCCAACGGCGGCGCGGUUAAGAUUCUUUGA